AUGAGAAUCAAGGUCAAGACAUCUACUGCUACAGACGUGAUUUCCAUAGAAGACGAGUCCAUCUCGGUUGCUGAACUAGCGCUGUUUAUAUCUCGAACAUCGUCGAAACUUGCAAACAUCUCCAUCACUUCAUUCAAGGUUGGCUUUCCCCCACAGUCUAUAGAUGCCGGUUCAGAUGUGCUGAUUAAGGAAGCUGGGAUACGUGCCAACCAGCAGAUAUUAGCGGAAACGGGUCCUUCAACGGGGAUUACCGAGGAAGGGUCUUCAGUGGUUGCUGCUUCUUCGAAACCUAAAGAGUCUAGUGACGUUCCUAGUGUGUUCAUUAAGCAACUUAAUAAGUAUGCUAUACUUAGGAAUGUUCCGGAUGACAACUCGUGCAUGUUUAGAGCUAUCAGUUAUUCACUUACGAACCAGCUUUCUAUGGACGAUAUCAACCUUCGACAGCUUGUGUCGACGAGAAUUGCCAGUGAUCCGUUUACGUAUAAUGAGAUGGUUCUUGGAAGACCUAUAGACAAGUACUGUGAGUGGAUUGAAAAGAAGGAUUCCUGGGGCGGUGCUAUUGAACUAGGGAUCAUUGCCAGUUCUUUAGGGAUUCGGAUAAACUGUUUUGAUGUGGAGCUGGGCAACGUAAUGGUAUUCCAAGAUGAAGCCGAGAAACCGUCCAAGUUCAUUUGUCUCGUUUACUCGGGUAUCCAUUACGAUAGCAUUGCAUUGAAUAGCGUUUCCAGCACCAAAAAAGAAGGAGAUGUUGGCCACUGGACUCUGAGUGAAGAAGAGAUCGUGGACGCCAGCAAGCAGCUCGUCAAGCUUCUUCAGCUGAGAAAUUAUUCUACCAACACCACGACGUUCAGAGUACGUUGUUUGGAGUGUUACCUGGUGCUAGUGGGAGAAAACGGAGCAUCCAAGCACGCCAACGAAACCGGCCAUUUCUCCUUUGGCGAGGUGAAGUAG